UUUACCAUGUAGCAAAUCAGCUGAAAUGCUUAACCCUGAAUUUUCUAAAACUUGCUCUGUUAAAGUGUGACUUUGAGGCAGGAAGAUGAUAAAGAAAUGUGCUCUAUACAAUUCAUAAGGGACAGACUUUGGUUCCGAAGCCCAUGCUGCCAGAGUGCAACUUCAGAUUCUUCAACUUGUAAUGAGGAGCCCAUGAGGAGGUGGAAGAGGAAAAAGAGGAAAGAAGAAACCAAAAGAGUGGUUGUUUCUAACUUGCCUUUUGAAGGCAACAGGUGGAAAGACAACCCAAACAGACAUUAUGGCGGCAACAAAAUCAAAACAACAAGAUAUUCACUCCUGUCUUUUAUUCCCAAAAACGUCUUUGAGCAAUUCCAUCGCUUUGCCAAUAUAUAUUUUGUGGCCAUUGCAGCACUCAAUUUUGUGCCUGUGGUCAAUGCCUUCGAGCCAGGUAUAUCCGUGAUCCCAGUUUGUGUUAUAAUGGCUGUCACAGCCAUCAAAGAUGCCUGGGAGGACUUUCGAAGAUUCAAGCUGGACAAGGAAAUCAAUGGAAUGGACUGUCUGGUAUACAGCAGAAGCAAAAAGACCUACAUUGAAAAGUGCUGGAAAGAUGUGCGCGUGGGAGACUUUGUGCAACUGCAGUGUAAUGAGAUAAUCCCCGCUGACAUCCUGCUGCUCUAUUCCUCUGAUCAGAAUGGGAUCUGUCAUUUGGAAACAGCAAGCCUCGAUGGGGAAACCAAUCUUAAACAACGACAAGUAGUGAAAGGAUUCUCUAAUCAGAAUGCUGAAUUUGAUCCAGACUUAUUCCAAAACAUCAUUGUUUGUGAAAAACCCAACAAUGAUCUUAAUGAAUUUAAAGGUUAUAUGGAGCAGCCUGAUCUCACACGCAUUGGUUUUAAUAGAGAAAGCCUUCUUCUUCGUGGAUGCACACUGAGGAACACAGAAGUUGCCACAGGAAUUGUUAUCUAUGCAGGCCAUGAAACCAAAGCCAUGUUAAAUAACAGCGGUCCUCGUUAUAAACGCAGCAAAAUAGAACAACGAAUGAAUAUUGAUAUAUUCUUUUGUGUGGGACUGUUGAUCAUCAUGUGUCUUGUUGGAGCAGUAGGCCAUGGGAUUUGGAAUGGGCUUUUCUUAGAACCCCCUUUGUACAUCAUCCCAGACAUAAAUGGCAACUAUCUUGCUCCAGCUGUGGCAGGUUUCUACAUGUUCCUGACAAUGAUUAUCCUUUUACAGAUUUUAAUCCCUAUCUCCCUCUAUGUGUCGAUUGAACUGGUCAAGUUGGGUCAAGUUUUCUUUAUUCAUAAUGAUAUCGACCUGUAUUGUGAGGAGCAAGAUCUGCCGAUACAGUGCAGAGCCCUAAAUAUCACUGAAAACCUGGGACAAAUCCAGUAUAUAUUCUCAGACAAAACGGGGACCCUGACUGAAAACAAGAUGGUGUUUCGACGAUGUACAAUCAAUGGGAAGGAAUUUUCACAUCAGGAAAAUGCCAAACGAUUGGAGACCUUCAAGGAGCUGGAUUCAGAUAGUGAAGAAUGGACAAAACAUUUCAGUCUCCCUUCAAACAAGGGUGGAGAAACAACCACUUUAACAAAGAUGCCCAUUAAACCAUUAAGGAGGAGUCAGAGUGCUCGGGCUCAUUUUCAGGGGCACACAAGAAACAGAUCUCUGGGGCGCUGCGGAAGCUCUCGGUCUCAGGUGGCAUUCAGUAGCAUUAUAGAAAAGGUUGUUACCCCAGACAACAGGUUGUUGAUGAAAGUAAGAAAUGCAUCAUGCCAGCUGGAAUCUUUGACACCGUUUACGUCUGUAAAGACCACCUCUUCCAUCACUGACUUUUUUCUUGCCUUGACCCUCUGCAACACUGUGGUUGUCUCCACAGCAACUGAUCCAAGACAAAGGGUUACUACUCUGCCCCUAAUGAAACCAGCAGGAAUUUCCCUGGAGAGAAUCCACCAGCUGUUUCAGCGGCUAAAGCUGGCAAGCCUCAACUAUUCUUUCACAUCAACUCAAUCUUGUUCGGACACAGGAGACAGUUUUAGCACAGAAAGCACCAGAGUCUGUGCCAAUUCUGGUGAAAGAAAUUAUUUUUCUCCACAAAGCUGCUCAACCUUAACAGAUUAUGACAGUUUUCAAGAAGACUCGAUGAUUCCAGAAGCAGCCUCUGGGGCCCAUGAUGGCUACUUGCAUGAGAUCUGUGAGACAGAUACCAAAGGGUCUUUGCAGCCAGAAUUCUGUUACGAGGCUGAAAGCCCAGAUGAAGCAGCCCUUGUCCAUGCGGCCUGUGCGUACCAGUUUACAUUAGUGUCCAGAACUGCUGAACAGGUGACUGUGAGAUUGCCAGAGGGCACUCUCCUGACUUUCGACCUCUUGUAUACUUUGGGAUUUGACUCCAAUAGGAAAAGAAUGUCUGUGGUGGUGAGGCAUCCUCUGACCAAGGAGAUAAUUGUCUAUACCAAAGGGGCUGACUCUGUCAUAAUGGACUUAUUGGAAGACCCUGCCAGAGCUACCAUGACCAUGGAAAAAAGGAUAAGAAAAGUAAGGGUUCAAACACAGAAACAUCUAGAUUGGUAUGCACGAGAUGGCCUAAGAACUUUGUGCAUAGCUAAGAAGGUUCUAAGUGAAGAUGACUUUCGGAAAUGGGCCAACUUCCGUCACGAGGCAGAAACUGCAAUUGACAACAGAGAGGAGCUAUUAAUGGAAACAGCAUAUCAUCUGGAGACUAAACUUACUUUACUAGGAGCAACUGGGAUUGAGGAUCGUUUACAGGAUGGCGUCCCUGAUGCAAUUGCUGCAUUCAGAGAGGCUGGGAUUCAAAUAUGGGUGCUGACUGGGGAUAAGCAGGAAACAGCAGUCAACAUUGCCUAUUCAUGCAAACUUCUAGACCAAAGAGAUACUGUCUUUACUAUUAAUACUGAAAGUAAGGAAACCUGUGAAUCCCUGCUGGAUAUCACACUGGAAGAAGUGAAGAAGGCUCAAGUAAUUGCAAGAACGAUGUGGAAUAUUUUUGGCAUUGAACUGCCAUUUUCUUGGUCAAGCGCUGUGACUCCAAAUCCUGCUGUUGGUCUGGUGGUUGAUGGGAGCACUCUGAAUACCAUUUUCCAGGGACAACUUGAAAAUAAGUUUCUUGAAUUAGCUAAGUACAGCCGUUCAGUUUUGUGUUGCCGGUGUACUCCACUACAAAAGAGCAUGGUAGUCAAACUUGUACGGAGUCAACUGAAAGUCAUGACCUUAGCAAUUGGUGAUGGUGCAAAUGAUGUAAGUAUGAUUCAGGCUGCUGAUGUUGGAAUUGGCAUUUCUGGACAAGAAGGCAUGCAGGCUGUCAUGGCCAGUGACUUUGCCAUAUCUCGGUUUAAGCACCUCAAGAAGUUGGGUCUCGUCCAUGGGCACUGGUGUUAUUCUCGCUUGGCAAAGAUGGUAAUUUACUUUUUCUAUAAAAAUGUGGCCUACGUCAAUCUGCUCUUCUGGUACCAAUUUUUCUGUGCUUUCUCGGGGGCCUCCAUGAUAGACUACUGGCAAAUGAUCUUUUUCAAUUUGUUUUUCACUUCUGUGCCACCCAUCCUUUCUGGAGUCCUGGAUAAAGAUAUUUCUGCAGAAAUUCUAUUAAGUUUGCCUGAGCUAUACAAGAGUGGACAAAACUCAGAGAUAUACAGGCCACUGACAUUUUGUGUUGCCAUUUUGGAGGCUUUCUACCAGAGUCUCAUCUGCUUCUUUGUCCCUUAUCUCGUGUACUAUGAUUCUGAUAUUGGUGUUUUCACAUUUGGGACAAUCAUCAACACCGUCUCCCUCUUCACCAUUCUUUUUCACCAAGCCUUAGAAUUUAAAACUUGGACGCUGUUCCAUUGGAUAACAAUAAUUGGGAGUAUUCUGCUUUACUUCAUUUUUUCAACCAUCUACAAUGCUGCUUGUAUCAUUUGCAACCAUCCCACCAAUCCUUACUGGAUUAUGGAGAUGCAAUUCUCAAACCCCAAUUUUUAUCUUAUUUGCCUCAUCACCCCAACUGUAGCACUUCUACCAAGGUACUUUAUCCUGGCUGUUCAAGGAACCCUCCAGGUUUCUCCCAUUCUCAAAGCCCAGUACCUGGAUAAACUCCCUAAGGAACAACAGGACCAGGAAAUACGGAAAUGGAAAUCAAGGAGACAAGCGACAUCUCCAGGGGCAACAGUCCCCAGUGAUGAACUUAGCCAACCCACUGCAAAUGUGAGCCUGUCAAUAUUUGAUCACGAAGGAGGAGGAAUGGCACUUUCUGGGAAUGGUGGUCAUCAGAAUCUCUGCCCCCCAGAGCAGGAUGUAAUAGGAAAGUGGAUGCCAGAUGCAGAAAGCAGUGACCAGGCCAAAAGAUGGACAGAGGAGGAGGCUGGAGGUGCCAGUUUCUUUUCCACAGAAGCUUCUCUUGGGCAGUCUCUUGCUUCAAAACCCUUUUCUGGCUUCCUUCCCAGCAAUGCUGAAAGUUCUGUUAGAAGGAGCCAUCGGAGAUCUGUGAGUGCAGUGACUCUAUGAAGCAGCUUGAACUCCUGCUUUUAAAAGUUGCCGUGCCUUUGAACAUUCUUGCCUUCCACAUAGCAGGAGAAGGAAACAGGGGGAAAUAAAACUUCUAUUUAUAUUAAAUAACAAAGGCUACUAGAAAGUGACGUGCAAUAUAAUUUCACCAGCAUAUUGGAGUAAUGCUUCUUUUCACAAUAUGACAUGCCUCAAGUAAACAAUUGUUUACUUAUUUGGAGAAAUAAAAGUUCCACAUUAUUUGAAGAAAUAUUACAUUAGCAUUCCCAAAAUGUGAAAGAGACUCUGCUUGGAAACCAAAUGUCACCUGGAGAUGAUCAGGGGGUUUUUCCAGGUCAUUUCCUGUCUUCUGUAUCAUGCCCUUAACUUGCCACUUAUCACCUUUAUCAUGGCUAGCAGAUUAAUAGAUGUAUAUCUACAAUCCAGUUAUUUCACAAUGCAAUACUUACACAAAGAUCAUCAGAUUUAAGAAUGAACCCACUGGACUGAACUCAUUAGCCUGGACAUUUUGCAAGGCAUCAUCCAUGUUUGAAGAUUUUUUAAAGAACUUUCUUUUACAGUAAAUUAUUAUAAUACACAACAGUUUCUGCUUUGUUGCUGUUCCCUAUUUGAGUGGUUUGUGUUACCAACAACCAAAUCGUAAAUGCUUCUGCUGGAAUGUAGACACUGUUAAUUUCAAAGGAAAUGCCUUCCAAGAAAAGAUGUGAUUGAGACCAGGAAAAUUUUUGAUUUAAGCCAGAGCAGUUAAGUGGCUAUACUUGAAUUUAACCCAGUUUAGCUCCAUUGAAGUCAAUGGGGCAGAAGAAGCUUAAACCCACCGGUUCUACUUUAACAGGUUUUAUAGAUAAUUACUUACCUAGAUAAGACUUGGCCUGAGUCAGAGGAAUGAAGACGAAAAUUACUAUCAGAGUGCGAGUUUCCAUCCAGUACCAUUCAUGAAUUCAGGAUGAAUCACCACCUGCUGCUUUUACCUUGUGGUUUGGAUGCCUACUCCCCUGCUUUGUUGUAUAAAUUAAUUCCGGCAGGGGCUAAAUGACAUAGAAGUGCAUGGCAUAGAACUGGAAGGGUCUUCCAGGGUCAUCUAGUCCAACUUUCACAAUGCAGGAAAUUCCUAACUACCUUCCACUGAUUCCCUCAAGGACUCCUGUCCUAUGCCCAGAGCAAGACAAAAAACCUUUAGGAUCUCGGGCCAAUCUGGCCUGGAGGAAAAUUCCUUCCUGACCCCAAGGUGGCAAUUGGCAUUAUCCUGGGCAUGUAAGAAAGGACCACAAGAGCCAAACACUGACACAAUCCUUCCUACCCUCCCUCUCGUGAUCUGCCUCAGUUCACAGAAUCAGAAUUGCUGGCCAUCUAGCCUCUGCUUAAAAACCUCCAAUGAAAGAGAGCCCACCCACUCCUGAGGAAGCCUGUUCCACUGAGGAACUGCGCUGUCAGGAAGUUCUUCCUAACGUUUAGCUGAAAACUCUUUUGAUUUAAUUUCAACCCAUUGGUUCUGGUCCAGCCUUUUGGGGCAACAGCAAAUAACUCAGCUCCAUCCUCUAUAUAACAGCUUUUGAAGUACUUGAAGAUGUUUAUGAUAUCAUCUUUCAGCCAUUUCCACUCUAGACUAAACAUAACCAGCAUCUUCAGCCUUUCCUCAAACAACAGGCAGAGGAAGAACCAGAUAUCCAUUUUGAUCCCCAUCAUGUUUUCCUCACAGCAUUUCCUCACAAACCAAAGCAAACAAGUGGGCCUGUUUUAAAACCUACCUUAGAGGUGGAAGGAGCCAGUCUGCCUUAAUCCGUGUCCUUGGGCAAACUGCUGGCUCAGCAUCAGGCCUCUAUAUAUCAGUGACACAGAGAGAGAUUUAUUGUGAAAACUGUUAAGAUAAUGCUUUGUAAAGCAUUUUCCACCCUACAGGUAUAACAUAUGAA